GCGGUGAAUGAGUGGAAGUAGAAAAGCAAUCAGUAUAAUCCCAAAUGUUUUGUAGGUAAAAUUGACGAAAAAACAGGUAAAACAAUGAAUAAAAUAACAUUCAAUGAAAAAGCUCCAGAAAAUACUCUAAAGGCAUUAACUACGUUGCACUUUAAAACGGUCCAAGUGACCAACAUGAUCAACAAAACCUACAGUUUUCAGUUGCUCAUUAUUCUCGAGUUCACUUUGGUGCGAGUGAUCGAGAAUGCUCAUUAUUUAUUGAACCACAACAGAUCCAAUACGGGUGCAAUGACUGUUGAUAUUUUCUGGCUGAUUAUGAUAAUCAUUGAAUCGUUUAUAACAUUUUAUUUAUCUACCAAGCUGGAAGAAAAGGCUAGCAAAACAGCGAGAAUAGUGAACAUGAUAUGUUGCAAUGACAAUCAUUUACUACAGUCUGAGGUAGAUCGAACUGUAAAAUACCACCAAACCUAAAUCAAUAAAUAAGCCAUUCUUAUUCAUUUCCUCUAGAAGGAUAUGUUUCUACUGCAAUGCCUACAUCAACGAUUAUAUUUGGUAGCUGGUGGAUUAUACACAAUAAACAAUAAAACGUAUUUGAAGGUUGGUGAAAAGAGCGAUAAAAUAUUAAUAUAUGGACUUGCCAAACACUGAACUAUUACAGGGCAUAAUAAAGGGUCUGAAUUAUUAUAUUUUACAGAUAUGGGGAACUGCACUCACCUACAUUAUUUUAAUGCAAGGACUAAACAAGUAUUGAGGAUCUUAUUAUCUCGAGCUUAAAUUACAUAAAAAUAAUUAAACAAGUGGGAAAAUAGACAUAAAAAGCGUAUAAAAUACGUAAUACGUAGGAAAAAAUAAAACAAGUUUAAAUCAAAAAAUUUAACUUACCAC